ACUUCUUAGUGAACUCAGUCUCGACUUCAGCUUUUAUAAUGGCACACUGGACCAUUUUUGGUUUUCUCGUGAUCUUGGUUCUUUGUGGAAUGAGCCAGGCUAUGUCCUCCUGCAAUUCGGAUGGCCAUGCUCAUUGUGUCGAAAUAAAAAAUUGUAAGGAAAGGUAUACACACUCGGACUUGGAUUGCCCAACAGACGAAGUAUGUUGUAAACUUAAAGAUAUUGAUAUGAGUUGUGGAUCAGAGACGGAAAAAAAGGUAUGCCUUAUUCCGGAAUUGUGCAAGCAAAACUUCAUUUUCCACUCGGCCUUUUCCCUGGCCAGCUCGCUUUGCCCGCCAGGAUUGGUUUGCUGCAACGUCCAACCAAUUGUUCCAACGGACAUAGAAGAUGAUUUGAUAUGAUAUGCGAUAUGAUAUCACAAUUUUCUGCCUUUUACAUUGUAAAACACUUUGUAAUUAUUAGAAAGAAUACGUUUUUAAAAAGUAAUCAGUAGCAAAAAGCAGUCUCUUUUGGAGAUGCGGGGCAUCGAUCCCCGUACCUCUCACAUGCUAAGCGAGCGCUCUACCAUCUGAGCUACAUCCCCCUUGCACUUUCGCCCGCCAGAAGGUCUCCGAAAAUUUUACACCGUCGCGGGAAGUAACUAUUCAUAGAUAACCACCUUAAACAUGCAGUUCACAAAAAGACAAACAAAAAAAACAAAAGACAUCGAAACUAGUUGACUGCAUUUUAAAUUGAAAUUUAUUUUAAAAUUUCACGUUUCCGGCUAAAUUUAGCUCGGAACAGCGGUUGGUCGCUCAUUUGGGCUACUUUGCCGCGUUAAAAUCAAGAGGCUCAAUGGUCUAGGGGUAUGAUUCUCGCU